AUGUGGGCGUCGACGACGGCGAGGGGCACGGAGCGCCAGAGGCCGCGCCAGCGCGUGGCGAGCGCGGCGGUGCGCGCGGGCGUCCUUGGCAGGGAGGCGCGACACGACGUUCCUGAGCAGCGAGUCAGGGAGGAGGCUUAUGCAGUCGACACCGUCGGCUGGGGCCCGCGCGGCGAUGGCGGAGGCGAGGGGCGCGGCGGGAGAGACGGGUGGGUCGGGGAUGGCAUCGUACGAAUACGUGAGCAUCAUGGUCGUGCCCAGCGUCAAUGGAUCGGGAACGUCGACGCCGUCGAGCUGCAUGUUGCUCAUGCUGACGUCGACGCUCGUUUGAAACUGCUGCUCCUCCAUGGUCGCCGCCGCGCUGGAGCGGAGCGGAGUGGAAGAGGAGCGGCGCUGGAGCGGAGUGGCGUGGCGGCGCGUUUGGAUUGGGGAACGACCAGGCGGACUACUCUCUGCAGUGGAGCGAUCUGCGCCGUCCGAUCCAUCCAAGGGCCAUCUCACAGACUAUCUAGCUGCCUGGCCAUAACACCGUGCAGGAUGCGACUUGGUCGGCUCCUGUCUGGCUGUCCGCAGUCCGCCGCCGUCGCCAUUCGUUCCUUCCCCUCCGCCGCCGUCUGGCCCGCGAGCACAUGCGUCGGCCUCCCUUCUCUUCUUCCUCGCUCGCCGCCCGGGUCUCCUCGUUCCGGAUGCCGCGCCGCCCAGCUAGGCGCCUCGGAGGGCGUUCUCCGCCUUGCCCGCUGGCCACGCAGAGGCCGGUUUCCCGUGCGCCAGCUGUGUGGUGCUCGAGCCCUGCUGUAG